UGAGGCUCAGUCGGUCCACGGGAGGAGCGGACACCCAUACGUUGACCGACACGAUGGCUCUGGCGGAGGCGUCCAAACCGCGCGACGACUCGCACUUCCCGGACAUCGUGGAGCUGAACGUCGGGGGCCAAGUGUACGUCACCCGGCUGCAAACUCUGGUGGCGGUGCCGGACUCGCUCCUGUGGCACAUGUUCAGCCGCCGGACCCCCAAAGAGCUGGCCAGGGACACCAAAGGCCGCUUCUUCCUGGACCGAGACGGCUUCUUGUUCCGCUACGUCCUCGACUACCUCCGCGACCUGACCCUGGUCUUGCCGGACUACUUCCCGGAGAGGAGCCGACUGCGGAGGGAGGCGGACUUCUUCCAGCUUCGCGAGCUGGCCAAGCGCCUCAGUCCGCAGGUGAGCAAGGACAACUCCAUCAGCGAGGAGAUCAGCCAAAGCGACACGGAGGACGGCUCGCUCCAAGGCGCGGAGGCGGCGUUAUUACGCGCCGGCUCGGCCGCGCGCUCCCCGUCUUCCGACUCUAGGAAGUCGGGCUACAUCACCGUAGGCUACCGGGGCUCGUACACCAUCGGGCGGGACAUCCAGACCGACGCCAAAUUCCGCAGGGUGGCGCGCAUCACCGUCUGCGGGAAGACCUCGCUGGCCAAGGAGGUCUUCGGAGACACGCUGAACGAGAGCCGAGACCCGGACCGUCCACCGGAGCGGUACACGUCGCGUUACUACCUCAAGUAUAAUUUCCUGGAGCAGGCCUUUGACAAGCUCACCGAGGUGGGCUUCCACAUGGUGGCCUGCAGCUCCACGGGCACGUGCGCCUACACCAGUAACGACCCCGGAGAGGACAAAAUAUGGACAAGUUAUACCGAAUAUGUCUUCUGUCGAGAACAGUAGCCGCCACACUUCGUUCUACGGCAUCCUUGGAAUAAUAACUACCAUUGAAAACUCUUAUAUUAGAAUGCACACGUGGAAAAACUCACAAAACCGUAAAAAUGCAUGUUUAUAGAUCAGGGGUGUCCAAACUAUUGCCUGUAUCAAAUUAUAUUCACUCAAUAUGGCAUGCACAAGAAGCUUCAGUUCAGCCUACUUUCUCUUGCACUUCCCAGCUUUAACGCUUGAUGGAGCUAGUCACUUAACCCCUUCUGACCUGCAUUUUUUUUUUCAGAACAAAGUGCAUUUUUUUGGUCAUAGAUAUUUCAUGUUUUUAUGGUUUAUUUCUAGUGUUAAUGUUACAUUGUUUUUUUAUGAGAAAUGAGCACUUACGUUUGCCUUUUUGAAGUUUUCGAAGUUUUUCAAAGAGCCAAAAAUAGCAACGAGUACGUACUAAACCUCGUGAUUUGAUUUCGAUGCGUAAAGUUUCGUCCAAUAAUCUCCCAAAAGUGGCAAAAACAACUAUUUCAGUGUAUUUAUUGAUUUAGAGACGCAAACGUGUCAUGUCCUUCAGCAGCAUCCUCAGUUCUGAAGGGGUUAAACAAUGCCUUUCCAUUAUUUCCAAUCAAUCCAAUGUGAUAAAUUUAGUGAUUUUCUUCACCUGGUUUGAGUUACUGGACAUUUUCUCUUUGCUUUUCUUUCAGUAAUGUGAAUAUAAAUAUUGCAAUAUCAUUAUAAGAGUUGCCCAAUAAUGACUUUUUAACCAAUAUUCAACCAAUAUAUUGUCCAACUCCGAAACUCCGAUACUGAUAUCUAGGGCUGCAGCGAUCGAUUAUUUUAGUAGUCGAUUAAUCUAACGACUACUUACUUCGAAUAAUCGAGUCAUCGAUUAGGAACAUUUAAUGUGUUGCAAGAUAAUUUUCAGGAGAUGUAAAACAAAGGCUAACUAAGAUUGCACUUUCAAAAGAGCAUUACAUGCGAUUACAAAAUAAAAUUCCAGAGUGUUUCUUCAAACUAUGCAGGAUUGCACUUUCAUUUAAAAAUAAAUUAAAAUACCUGACUUUAGCCUCAAACUGCAUAAAAAUAAAUGAAUGAGGAUCUAAGUACAACAAAAGAACAAUUGGCUAACUUGCAAAGCAAAAGCCCGCAAGCUUCAAUGCCAUAAAAUGCGAACAUUUUUUUUUUUAUGCACAACAUAUUCCCACAAAAAACAUGAUAAAUAUACAAUAAAUGUAUACACGUAUAAUAAACGUAAACAAUGUAUAAAAAAACAUAUUAGUUUAAAAAAAAGAAAAGAAAAAAACUUAUGUUUGAUCUUAACAGAGAGCAGCUGGAUUUAGUUAUAUGAGUUAUGUCAUAUUCACUGUUGCCACUAGAGGGCAGUGUAUCCACCAAAAUCAAUAAAACCAAAUUCAAACACUUUCUAAGUACAAGAGAACAGUUGGCUAAGUUGCACAGCAAAAGUCCGCUAGCUUAAAUGCUAUAGAAUGCUAAAUUUGUUUACAACGCACUUAACAAAUCUUUCAAACACACAUAUUCCCACAAAAAACGGCUAAAUAUAACUUUUAACUAAAUUACGAAUGUAUAAAAAAACAUUAGCUCAAACAAAAACUUACCUUAUGUUGGUCAUAACAGGGAGCAGAUGAACUCUGCCACGUAAAAUUAGUUAUGGGAGUAUGUCUUACUCCCAUGUGAUACAUUGACACUUCAGACCAAUCGGACACUCAGAUUUCCAUUCUCAGUGUCAAUCAUAUGAACUGGACAGGUAAAAAAAAUAAAAAAUGAGUUAUGUCGUUUUCACUGUUGCCACUAGAGGGCACUGUAUCCACUCUAAUCAAUAAAACUAAAUGCAAACAUUUUCAAAACCAUUACAACACUAAACGAAUACUCGAAGCAGCAAAAUUUCUUUCAGCAAAGUUUCUUUCUAAUCGAAUCACUCAAGUUAAUCAUAUAAUCAUUGCAGCACUAUCGAUAUCAAACUAAUCCAAGUUUCUUUCUAAUCGAAUCACUCAAGUUAAUCAUAUAAUCAUUGCAGCACUAUCGAUAUCAAACUAAUCCAAUUUGACUGGGAGGGUUGGCAGCGAUAGUCCAUUGUCUAUUUUUCGUAUAUUAUAUAUUGUAGGGCUGCAGCUCGCGAUUAUUUUAGUAGUCGAUUAAUCGAUGAACUAGUUAGUUUGAAUAAUCGAGUAAUCGGAUAAGGAACAUAAAAAAUUAAAAUACCUGAGCUGAGCCUCAAACAGUAUAAAAAAAACAAAUGAGGAUCUAAGUACAAUAUAAGAAUCGGCUAACUUAGCAUACAUAACAUAGCAAACAUCUGCUAGCUUAAAUGCUAUAAAAUGUUUUUUUUUUAUUUUUUUUAAUUUUUUUACAAUGCUCUUAACAGAUGAUUCAAACACAUGUUACCACAAAAAACAAAAAUAACAGCUAAAUAUACCUUUAAACUUAAUUACGAAUGCUUUAAACAGAAAAAGAAGAAUUGGCUAACUUACAUAGCAUAAGUCUGCUAGCUUAAAUGCUAUGAAAUGCUUUUUUUUUUUUUUUUUUUUUACAAUGCUCUUAACAGAUGAUUCAAACACGUUACCA